CCUAGAUCGAGCUCCACAGGCACCGCUAACAGGUUGCCUAUAGCUCGUGCAAAAACGUGAUGUGUUUACCUAAUUGUUUGCACACGGAUCUUGGAAUGAAAACAUAUAAAACCCCGAAUUUCACCAGUUUUUGUCACAAGCUGAAGCGAUUGAGUGUGAUUUACAUUACCUUCUGAAGAAACAUACAACUCGAGUUCAAUUUCAUCACCAUGCCUGAUGUCAAGUGUGUCUGCUGCACGGAGGGCAAGGAGUGUGCCUGCUAUGGACAAGAUUGCUGUUUAACUGGUGAAUGCUGCAAGGAUGGAACCUGCUGUGGAAUUUGCACAAACGCUGCAUGCAAGUGUGCUAAUGGCUGCAAGUGUGGAAGCGGCUGCUCAUGCACUGAGGGGAACUGUGCAUGCUAGACGAGCUAGGCCCUUUGCUAUAGGGAUGGCAGAUUGAGCAUACAGCUGAUGAAGUCACUCAGCGCAUCUGCCAACAUGCUCCAAGCAGACCUGACUUUGUAUAUACUUUCGACCCAAUGUAUUAUAUUUUUUGUUGUAAGAUAGUUGUAUAUUAAGUUAAUUUAAUCUUUAUUUUUCUGAAAAUAUGAGACUAAUUGGCAUUAAUAGGACUACUUAAACAACAAUUAUUAAUUAAGGCUUACAGUAAUGCCUGAUAGAAUUUCACUUCAUUUUUUGCUGCCUUGUUUUGAAAGUUCUUCAGUCUGUUUCUAACUUCUAUCAAGUUGUCAAAUUUGGAAUGAAAAUAAUAAUAAUAAUACAUGUGGAGUAUUUGUAGUGCGCAAACUUCACAUGACUAAUGUGUUAAAGACUCGUUCAUGAUUAAAUUUAAAUAAUGCUAUAAAGUA